GAACAACAAAUCUACUACAUCUGCAACUAAGUUUUACAGAUAAAUCUCCUCAUCUAAACCGAUUUUGAAGCUCCAAAAUCCACGAGCUUUUUCGAAAACACAUAUCAACAACGUACCAGAAGAAUCAAACUUCCGACUACACUCAGAUAAAAUCAUGUUCAGAACAAAUUCGCAAGGUUUUAAUGGGCCACAACAGAAUACCUUUGGCUUUUUGGAAAAGCAUUUGAGCACCUUUCACUCAUUUCCCAAAUUACCAGCAGAAUUGCGAGAGAUGAUCUGGAAGGAGGCUUGCCGAGAUGAGCGCACGGUCACAGUAUUCUCAAGCGAUAGAGUUUUAGAUGCGGAACACACUAAAGGGCAUGGCGAUUUGCCGUUCUUUACAUUUAGGAGUCUCAAUUCAAUCCCGGGGGUCCUUCACGCAGAUAGGGAAUCAAGGUUCAUUGGAAUGAAGAUCUACAUGCCCGUUUUCGACACUCGAUCGGAAUUCCCACUUGUCACAGAAAUGAGUGACAGAACAGCCCCAUCCAUCUGGAUCAACCCCUCAACCGAUAUCAUCUGUCCUAUGACAUCUAUGAUUGAUGAUCAACCCGAAGCCUUGAGUAAGAAAAUGUGCGAUGCAAAGGUUGAACGCAUUGCCUUGAAUGAUUGUUCCUUUCAAAGAUCCGCAUCAAUUCCUUGCGAUAAAUGGGGUACAUUCUCGUCACAAUCAUCUCCCUUUUGGAUGAAUGAACACAUCAGAGAGGUCACAAUUUACACCUCAAGAUACUUGGUUGCUCCUGAUGACGAUAUAGAAUUGACUAAAUUCGACCGUAGGGUCGCAUAUCCUCCCAAAUUCAUGAAGUCAAAGCUGGAGAUUGCCCGUCGAAUGAAUCUAGCUUUUGCAAAUCUUCAAAAGGUGCUGAAGAAACAGCUACUUGAAGAUGAAAAAAACAAAAAGUUGGGCCAAGAUUGUGAAAUUAUUGACGAUUGUCCACAGUGGUUGUUUGACAGUCGAGGAAUAUGGAAGAAACCCGAGCAACGAGAAAUGGCUGCCAACCUAGCCAAUUCUGUUACAAUAUUUGGGCGAUAGAUUGUUCGCGUGGAGGAAGGUGUCGGAAAAUUGACGGAAGAUGGUUCCGGAAAUCCAGGGCCCUAGGUUCUAGGGUUUAGGGGGGGGAAAAUGUACCAGUUUACCAGUUUGGAAAUCUUAUCAUGAAAUAACAUUUUAAGUAAAAUCAAUAUCUUAACACCACAAAUUUGUAUGCUAACCAUUCAUAAUGUGACAAUGCGGAUGUGAGUUUGUGGCGCGCGUUGGUUGGUCAAAUUAGCGAAAGUGAGGGGUCAAUCAAGCUAGGUACCUACACAAGGGGAAUUUUGUGACCAAUGAUUCGUAAAUAUCUUGCAAAUUGAGACAUACAGAGUAUUCAUAGCGACUUAAAGGUUUCUUCUAUUGUUUAAGAAUAUUGGAAGCCAUUCUGAUAAGCUUAAUUAUUUCUCGAGAAAUGGCCGGAUAGUACGUGUGUAAC